GGUUGUUCUUAAAGUUCAUAUCCUAAGUUCAAGAGUUGUUUUAAUCCUUGCUAAAUAUUUUUUUUAAAUAUAUUUUUCAGAUGUGAAACAGUUGAUCAAGAAAAUUUGAGACAGGACAGGAAUGUGUGAGAAAGAGGGGAGGACACCAACGAAGGACAACAGGCCAUAUUUGAACUUAGGUCACAGUGAAAAGGACUGAGCCUCACAGGACACUAUCCACUAGCCACCGAGGCUCCCCGGUUUUAUUCCUCUUUAAGAUGGACCCUGUUGUUGUGAAGGUGAUUAUAGAUCACCGUAGUGAGAAGCUCACACUUCCCUCAGGGAUGCCAGACACAGUGGAUCAAUUGCAUAAGACUGUAAAGGACACAUUCAAACUUGAUGAGGAAUUCACCCUGCAUUACCUUGAUGAAGACUUUGGAGAAAGCACUGAACACCAAGAGCAACAGCGGCUACGUAUUCUGUCUGAAUUGAAGAAGAAAGAUAGCACGACCAUCAAGGAGUUAAUGGCCAGCACAUUUGUGCAUAGAAGACAUGAUGUCGUCAGUCUUCAUUUGAGCGUCCAAGAGAUCAAGGAGAGGUGGCCUGCCUUGUUUGACGUGUCACAUGUCAACGCAGAGUUUCAAAGAAUCACCACCGUAAAUCUUGAGGCAAAAUUCAUGUCAAUGUUGGACCUUUAUUCCCCUAAACUGCUUUCCAUCUUCCAAGCCAAGAAAGGUGCUGCUGGAGAGAGACAUCGUGCAGAAAUGAAUACUCUGCUCCAGAGUGGAAUUUCCAUUCAGAAAACCAGAGAAGUUGUCAUCCGAUGUCUCAUUGAUCACCUUGGUGAAGACGUGAGUGCCUUAAUCAAGAAUUUUGAGAAUGUUGAUUCAGCUGUCAAUGUGGAAGAAGAGCUGGCAGCACAGGUGAUGGCUGUGUACCUGGUCCGGAAUGAAAGUGGACAGGUCGAUGAUGUUGGGAUCGUCAUUGAAGGUUCCACUGUCAUUCAGCUCAAAGAAUAG